AUGGGAAAAAAUUUUCCCGCGUGCGGUCGUCGAAUGGUUCGGCGAUAUCUCCUUCAAAUGGCCCGCAAUUCCUUCAAUAAAUACGGAUUCGCUCUUCUGGCCAAACCCACCUUUCCCGAGCCGGCAGUUGGAGUUCUUGUGUCCCACUGGAAUCCCAAUUUUUUGGGAAUUUCUAGUACGCCAUUGGCGCCUCGUCCUCUUUGCCAUGGGUUUUGUGAUAAACCAAUGGCUUUUGUAGGGGUGUUUUGGUUAUUCCAACAUUUCUGUUCUGCUCCAUUUGUUUUGGGGCGCUCCUGCUCCAUUUGUUGUAAUAAUUCCAACGCCUGA